AUGUGCAACUUUCAAGUUUCAUACUGGUCUGCUGCCGACAAGGAUGGCCAAAUGGACAUGACGACACCAUCAAGAGGCCCCCCCCUGCAGCAAUCACCAUUCGUACCCAAUGGAAGCUUCGACGACGACAGCACGCUUCACCUCCGAUACAUCGUAGAGCCGCGUGCUGAAUGGGAUGAAUUAAAACCCUUGACCAAGGUACUAAUCCGCGACGUGCUAUACCGUCGCAGGGAUUACGUUUACAUCAGAGGUCAGGACGGAAGAAACUCCCACGCCCUGUGGAUCGCACGCAUCCAGGAAAUCAGAGCCUGUGAUAACACUCGCGCCUACGCUAGGGUGUUGUGGAUGUACCGUCCCGAAGACCUUUCGGGAGAACUGGUAUGCGGGGGAGCCAGGCUUUCCAAUGACGGGGGACGACAGGCAUACCACGGGCAUGCCGAGUUGAUCGCAUCAAAUCACAUGGACAUUAUUAGCCUUUCCUGCAUCAUUGGCAAGUCGACUGUGCGCCAGUGGGUUGAGGAAAAGAAUCAAAAGCACCGUACGUGGUACUGGAGGCAGGCUGUCAACGUCCUGAGCCAGCAGCUCUCGGCAUGCGUGGCAGCAUUUCAGACGAACGUGAAGCCAGCUCAGUGGGGCACACCAGAAGAGGUCGCAGAUGGCGGGACCAAUGCAGGACUCUCGAAGCGCAUCCUGUGUCCAGCCUGCUAUGCAGAGAUCUGA